GCUGAUAAAUGUGGCCAGUAGAUUAACGGUAUCUCUCUGGUAGUUCAAAAACUGUCGUUAUCUACGAAAUGCGUUGGUCUUUUGUGAAAUAUAAGAACUGAGGAAAAGGCACUCGUUGCAGUGCAACUGGCUAAUUCGGACAUUCCACAACUUUCUGAUUUUUGCGUGCAUAAAAAAUAUGGCGAACAUGAGAAUUGAAAUCGAUCGCGACGCUAUAUUAGGACAAGGUGACGAUUACUUCAUUUACAAGGGGAACAUUUGACCGCCGUCCAGUCGCAGUAAAGAGAGUUCUUCUCGAGUUCUUCAACGACAACGAAGAAAGGUCUUGGCGUCAGCUGGAUCAUCGGAACAUUGUCAAACUUUUUCACUGUGAAAGGGACGACAACUUCACAUACUAUGCGUUUGCAUUGUGCGACGCCUCGUUAGAUCAGCUGUUCCUAGACCCGAAAGAUCCCAAAAAAUACAACGGACCUAUGCCACAACGUAUCGAUGCUAUGCUUCAACUGGCUUUAGGUCUCGAACAUAUCCAUUCCAAGAAUUUCAUUCACGGGAACAUCAAACCGGAAAAUGUCCUGAUUUCGGAUGGACCUACAGGCCAGGGUGAGAUCACGCUCAAAUGGGCAAAUUUUAAACUGACCAGAAACGUCAGUAAAGGAGGACGGGCAGCCAGUCAAAUCCGACCCAUUGGCACAUGGUUGGCACAGGAGUUGCAACCGACAAGAAAACGUAAACGAGGCGAAGAAGAAAAACCGCUACGAAGAGACGGACAAGAGUGACGUUUUCGCACAGGGACUGGUUUUCGGCACCCUGUUGUUGAACGGCCAACAUCUCUACGGCUCCUUAGCCAAUGAAAAUGAGAUCCCCGACAAUAUAAAAGAAGGAAAACCCAUCAACAGACAGAAAAUCGAUGACAAAUUACGCGACUGUUACGAGGAUGAACUAUUGAGAAGAAUGUUGGCAUACUACCCUGGUAAAAGGAUGACAUCGACACAAGUGGUCGACCAAUUAAAAUCGAUCAAAGAUAAGAUUGCUGGAAAAGAAAAAGAAUUGCUUGAAUUGUGUGGGCGUGACAAUCGAUUGGAUCUAACGGAAAAAAUUAAAAACUUCAUUCAGUUCGGAAUUAAUUUGAACGCAAAGGACGAUGAUGGAAGGAAUGCGCUCCAUCUUAUGUGUCGAAACUAUUCCAGCCCAAAAUUAACCAACGCAAUUAAACUUCUCAUCGAAAACAAAACCGACGUGAAUGCAAAGGACAACGAUGGAUUGAAUGCAAUUCACUUUUUGUGUCGAUACCAUUCAAGCCAAAACUUAAUUGAAGCAAUUCAAAUCUUGAUUCAAUCCGGAAUCGACGCGAAAGCAACCACCAACGAUGGAUCAAAUGCGCUCCAUUAUUUGUGUCGAUACAAUGCAAGCCCCAAUUUAACCGACGCAACAAAAAUUUUUACCAAACUUGGAUUGGAUCUGAUGACAGAGGACAACGACGGACGGAGUGCGUUUUAUUAUUCGCAAAACAAAGAUAAGAAGGAGAUGAAAAUUCAGGUCAUCAACGAAAAGCUUGCUGAAAAAGAAGAAGAAUUGCUUAGGCUAUGUGCUGAUCGUUCAAUUUCCCCGUCAUAUCUAAUUGAAAGAAUCAAAGACUUGAUUCGCCUCGGAAUCAACGUGAAUGCGAAGAACGACACUGGACGGAAUGCGCUCCAUAUUUUGUGUUGGAACAAUUCAAACCCGAAUUUUAUUGAUGCAAUUCGAGUUGUAAUCAAACACAAAAUCGACGUGAAUGCGAAGGACGCACAUGACGAGUGUGCGCUCCAUCACCUGUGUCGAAAUAUUUCAGGCAGCAAUUUAAUUGAAGCAAUUAAUGUCUUAAUCGAACACAAUAUCGACGUGAAUGCGAAGAACAACUAUGAACAGAAUGCGCUCUAUCAUUUGUGCCGGUACAAUUCAGGUCCAUAUUUAAAUGAAGCAAUUGAACUCUUAAUCCUCAAGGGAAUUGAUGUGAAUGCAAAGGAUAAACAUGGACAGAAUGCGCUCCAUCAUUUGUGUCGACACAAUUCUGGCCCACACUUAAUUGGAGCAAUUCAAGUUUUAAUUGAUCACAGAAUCGAUGUCAAUUCGAAGAGCAACUAUGAACAGAAUGCGCUCUAUCUUUUGUGUAAACACAAUUCAGCUCCAAAUAUCUCUCUCUUUGAAGCGAUUCAAGUUUUAAUUAAAAAAGGAAUCGACGUGAAUGCGAAGGACAGAUGGAAACGGGAUGCGUUUUAUUACUUGAAUGAAAACCCUUCCAGACAAAUUUUACAAAACGCAAUUCAACUUUUAAUCCCAAAACGGACUUAGCACUGGAACCGAUGGCUACGAUGCUGGACCAAUGUUGAACAAAUUUAACAUCAUUUCAAGAGAAACAGGACGUCCAACUGUGAGCAGAAAAAAAAAAUGAGCGAAAGAGAAAAGAAUAAGAAGCAGCAGGAGAUCUGGCGUCGCGGCAAAGUACGUUCGCUCAUGAAAAAAUUCACAUUUCUCUCCCUCUCGGUGCUGUAACACCCAAAGAGCAUCACAGUUGACUUUCAAAAAUACAAAAAUGUUGGUGCAUCGA